GUAAUCUGCAGCACGCAACCAAACAAUCGCUAAAUUGUAUGAGAAUCCUUUCAAAACGUGCAUAAGCUAACUCGCUAGCUAACGCCAGCAAGCUAUUAGCAGUAACAGUUAGCUAGCUGCAUUCAACAAAAGAGUGUUCAUUGCUUUCGUCGUAUAGGGUGACUGGUGUUACUACUGCAAGCAACAUUAAUAUCUGUAACCAUAUUGUGCUAUCACUUAAGUCACAUUAGUAGUUUUGGGCUCGAGUGAUUACGUUAGCAUGUUUGCGUGACCUGUAGCAGAAGUUCGACGAUGCCUCUCCUCCGGACGUGCUCGGUACCUAAAGGGUCUGAGAAGUGAUACAUAGAAGAACAUUUUCUUUUUAGCCUGAAGCUCAACUCCUCCGGUCCUUUGGGAUCAUGGCUAAAGAUGCUGGUCUGAUAGAAACAAAUGGAGAGCUGAAGGUUUUCAUCGAUCAGAAUCUGAGCCCUAGCAAAGGUGUACUAUCUUUGGUUACUGUCCAGCCUACAGCUGCCCCUGUGGCCAAACAGCUACUACCCAAAACUCUUGGGCCAUCCAAUGUGAACAUUGCUGCACACAUGCAACAUGUGCCACACAUGGUGAUAGGAACACCCCAGAGACCUACAGUAUCCAAUACCAUUUUGGUAAACAGUCCACAUACACCCAGUUCCCAGUUCCUCACUCAGAGUCAACCAUCAGACGCCUCUCCGUGGUCAUCAGGAAAACGUGGUAAGAAAGGGGAAAAGAACGGGAAGGGCUUGAGGCAUUUCUCCAUGAAAGUGUGUGAGAAGGUGCAGAAGAAAGGAGUAACCACCUACAAUGAAGUGGCAGAUGAGCUGGUUGCAGAAUUCAGCUCUGCAGAGAGCCACAUGUCACCCAAUGACGCACAUGUGUAUGACCAGAAGAACAUUCGGCGGCGUGUGUACGAUGCACUUAAUGUGCUUAUGGCCAUGAACAUUAUCUCUAAAGAGAAGAAAGAAAUCAAAUGGAUUGGCCUUCCCACCAACUCAGCGCAAGAGUGCCAAAACCUAGAGGUGGAGAGACAAAGGCGGCUGGAGAGGAUUAAGCAGAAACAAUCACAGCUUCAGGAGCUCAUACUGCAGCAAAUAGCUUUUAAGAACCUGGUUCAACGGAACAGACAGACAGAGCAGCAGGCAAACAGACCUCCACCUCCCAACUCCGUCAUCCACCUCCCUUUUAUUAUUGUCAACACCAGCAAGAAAACUGUCAUAGACUGCAGCAUCUCAAACGACAAGUUCGAGUAUUUGUUCAAUUUCGACAGCAUGUUUGAGAUCCACGAUGACAUUGAGGUGCUGAAACGUAUGGGCAUGGCCUGUGGUUUGGAGGUGGGAAAGUGUUCUCCAGAAGAUCUGAAGGUUGCACGUAGCCUGGUGCCCAAAGCUCUAGAGCCAUACGUUAUAGAGAUGGCAAAGGGUCCCAUCAGUAACGUCUACAUCACUGGAGGUUCCUCAGCAAAUGGAGCCCGUUACCCUGCAAGCAGUGAUGGCUGCACUGACGGCACAAUGGCCUCCAGCUCGAAUGACUCUCACUACAGCGGGUCUCGUGUGGAGACUCCAGUGUCUUAUAUGGGGGAUGAUGAUGACGAGGAUGAGUAUGAUGAGAACGAUGACGAAGACUAACCCGUCUACACCUCGCCACUCCAACAAGCACAGUCCUUCAAACCACCUUCACCGUGGGAAUUUAGUCCCCUUUUGUGUGCUUCUUCAACCUCUUCCCCUGUUUCCCAUGCCUGUAUUUGUGUCUGGCUUUCUCAGGGGUGUAGAUGAAUAUUGAAAGAGCAGAGGUGUACGUUGCACCCAUCUUUUUCUGCUCCUGAAUCACGUGCACCUGCACCACAGCUCUGGGGGAGGUGUCGUCAAGGGAACUGAAGUCUGUGGACUGGCCACCACGCUGAAGUCUUUGUAUGUUUAAUCCACUUCUCAAUAAGCCAUCCCACUAAAAAAAAAAAAAAAAAAAAAAAAACUCUGUAAAACCUACUGCUGUUGGAGAAUGUAUAAUGUACUUGUUUGAAUAGUUAAUCCUAUUUUUUUUUUUUUUUUUUUUUUUUUUUUUUUUUUUUGCAGUUACAUUUGGCAGACAUGAUAUGUUCCAAGAUGGCCAAAGUGUCUGCUUUAACAUGCUGUGUUAGUGCAACACCAUUAGUUGUGAAUGGCCUGAUACAGUUGCCAUGGCAUCCCAGGAUGGGGCUCCAUCAGAUGUGUUGAUACUUUCUGUUUUGUGUUCUGGGCAAUAAUUUGAAAUAGUUUCUUAUCCUCCAUUGUGUUGGGCUGGCUUCCUUAUGUUCUGUAGGCAGCUGCUUUCCUGAUCUUGUUUGCUAGUUUUUUGUAUUCUGGAGUGAAGGAAUUCUCCAUCAUCGCCCUGUCAAAGCCUUGGUAGUGUUUACAAAAUAAUGGCACCAGCAAGGUAAAGACUUUUUAUAACCCGGGCUCCUGAUGGGUAAACAAGCUUUGUUUGUGAAUUACGUAUAUGAAUCUCUGACAAUUGUAGCUUAUAGUAUCCUUAGAGGCCAGUGGUAAAGAUAGACCUUGAAAAAUUAUUGAUGUAAAACGAUUUGUGGUUGCAUAGGUCUUUAUGUACUCCCUUCAAAGAUCUCCCUUUUAAAACUUAGCAACACAUGUACUGACUCUUCCAAAAACCUUUUCUGUAAUCUAAUAUAAGUUUGCAAAUAAAUAUAGAUUGUUUUAAUAA